AUGACAGAAAUUGAAAAAUAUACAGAAUCAGUUACAGUAGUUGAUCAUCAUUGUCAUAAUGUGUUGGAUCAACAGGGUUUUGAAUUGCCCCUAUCUUUUAUAUUAAGUGAGGCAAACUCAUUAGAUAAUCCAAUAUUUUUAAACCAAUUAAAGAGUACAUUAACAUUUAAAAGAAGUAUAAAAGAUUUAUAUCAUUUUUAUUUUGAAAAUAUACCAUUGCAAGUAGAAUCAAACAAUAACUAUGACACAAUAAUAGAGCAGUUAAUUGCAAAUAAGAGAAGAGAAUUAGGUAUGGAAAAUAUUAUGAAGAUGGUGUUUGAAAAAUCAAAAAUAGAAGCAAUCAUUUUAGAUGAUUCUUUAAAAUUUGUAUAUAAUCAAAUUGAAUUUCCGAUAAAGUCAAAUCAAUGGCACAAUAAAUUUACAAAGAUAUUCAAGAUCCUUAGAUUAGAAACCAUUUUAGAAAAGUCAUUAAUAGAAUGCAAAAAACAACAAAUGUCAUUUAUGUCAUGGAAGAAUUAUAUUGAAAAAAAAGUAAGAGAUCCAAUAGAGUCAGGAAUAGAUACUGAAGACGGAGUCAGAGUAGUCGGAUUUAAAUCAAUUGUAGCAUAUAGAACUGGAUUAAAAGUUGAAAACCCAUCUAUUCAAAAGGUUAUGGAAGAGUUUAAUGCAAUCAUGUCAUCUAUAGAAUUAAAUGAUAUUUCAGGCACACAAUUAAGAAUCGCCAGUAAAACAUUAAUAGACUUCUUCAUUCAUAUUACAAUGGGCGUAUGCUCAGCAUCAACUAAACCUCUACCUCUUCAAAUUCACACUGGUUUCGGUGACAGUGAUCUUAACAUGGAAAAUUCAAAUCCUCUCCUACUAAAACAACUUAUUGAAACCUACCCUACUGUACCAAUUGUAUUGUUGCACUGCUCCUACCCAUAUACCAAAGAAGCAGGUUUCCUUGGGUGGGUUUAUCCAAAUGUAUAUGUAGAUAUAGGUUUAGCAUUUCCUUUACUUUCUUAUCAAGGUAUGAAGAGUACAUUCGACCAGCUAUUAGAACUAACACCAAUCGAUAAAAUAAUGUUCAGCUCCGAUACUCAUCAUGUUCCUGAAUUUUAUUAUUUAGCAGUAAAAUAUUCAAAACAAAUCAUUUCCAAAGCAUUUUCGAAAUCAAUUAAAAAUAAUGAAAUAACUUUAAAUGAAGCCAAAGAAUUUAUUGAUAAAAUAUUUAAAUUGAAUGUUUUAAAACUAUACAAUUUAUAA